AUCUUGCUGGAAAUAGUGAAUAAUAAAGGAAUAAAAAAUUAGGAACAUUACAAGGUGUCAUCAAAAUAUACUUCGACGAGGAUAUCUACAUACGUGUGACAACUGACGCUUGUGAACUUACUGUAAAAGACGUCAAGGCAAGGAUAUAUUCGUGCGCUCGGAUUUGUCCGUUAUAGGUUGAACAGCUAAAUUCACAGUACAACGACUACGAUAACGGCCACGGUUAAAUACAGGUUGUAGCGAGUAAAAAGCUAUCAGAAUGUACGGCUUAAUUUUCGAAAACCUUCGACAAUACAUCAUUACUGUCUACGGAGAGGACAAGUGGGCGGAGAUUCGUCGGCAAGCAAGAGUGGAACAGCCCUCCUUCACAACGCACGACAUUUAUCCGGAUAAUAUCGUUCAUCGCAUUGUCGCAAAGAGCUGUAAGAUAUUAAAAAUGCAGGAAAACGAAUUCUUCGAAGGUAUGGGAGUAUUUUUCGUGUCAUUUCUCGCUCAGUAUGGAUAUGAUCGCGUCCUCUCCGUACUUGGUCGCCAUAUGCGAGACUUUAUUAAUGGCCUGGACAAUCUGCACGAGUACCUUAAGUUCAGCUACCCAAAAAUGAAGGCACCUUCGUUUUUCUGCGAACAAGAAUCAGACUCGGGUCUGACACUUCACUAUCGGAGCGCUCGAAGGGGUUAUCUAUGGUAUACCAUCGGACAAAUCAAGGAGGUUGGCGCCCAUUUCUACAAUACAGUUGUCGAAGUGGAUAUUCUGAAGGAGGAGUCAAUCUUCAAUACGCAACACAUUAUCAUGCGACUGAAGUUCCAAAACAGUGCUUUUAAAUCUACGGUUGGAGCUCUGGACUUGGACUCAAUGCUCGUCGGUGGAAAGUUGUUGCCGAUCAGAGCAUACGUCUUCCUCGAAAUCUUCCCAUUCUGCAUUGUAUUCAAUCAGCAACUAACCAUCACCAAUCUGGGCAAAUCUCUCAUGAUUGUCAUGCCGACGGCGCUUAAUAAGCGAAUACCGCAGGUGUUUGGCCUGGCUCGACCUCUUAUCGAAUGUAAUUGGAGUGGCAUCAUAACACAUAUGAACAACGUGUUUGAGAUGACUACCCUCGAAGCAGUAAAAGCUCACUCCAACGUCGAUCCGGAGCAUGAAGGUUCUAGCCCGUACCUCGAUGAACAAGAUGACUCAGCCUAUGAAGAUUCGCUCCUCCAUCUUAAAGGCCAAAUGUUGUUUAUGGAAGAGUGGCAGGCGAUGGUGUAUCUAGCGGCGCCUGUAGUGCGGGACGUAAUCACAAUGGUGAGAACAGGCCUGUAUGUAAACGACCUAUCGAUGCAUGACUUUUCCAGAGAUAUGGUACUUGCUGGACAGCAACAAAGUUCCGAGCUGAAAAUGGCUUUCGAGCAGGAGUUGCAAAAAAGUAAACAGUUGGAGGAUUCCAUGAAAAAACUCGACCAGGAAAUGAAACGCACUGAUGAACUUCUCUAUCAGAUGAUUCCGAAAACCGUCGCUGACAAGCUGCGUAAAGGAGAAAGUAGCGUUGAUAUCUGUCAGUUCUUCGAUAAAGUUACAAUUCUGUUCUCGGACGUCGUGACGUUCACGGAAAUUUGUUCUCGGAUCACUCCGAUUGAAGUUGUCCAGCUGCUCAACUCAAUGUACUCCCUAUUUGAUCAACUGACGGACAAGCACGGCGUCUACAAGGUGGAGACAAUUGGAGACGCCUAUAUGAUUGUGGCAGGGGCCCCGGAGAAGACGACGCAUCACGCCGAAAAAAUCUGCGAAAUGGCCCUUGAUAUGGUACAAUGUAUCCAGGGGCUCAAGGAUCCGUCUACUGGCAAAGGGAUUCAAAUUCGUGUAGGAGCGCAUUCGGGCGCAGUUUGCGCGGGCGUUGUGGGCCAAAAGAUGCCGCGCUACUGUCUCUUUGGAGACAGCGUAAAUACGGCUUCGAGGAUGGAGUCCACAAGUGAACCUCUAAAAAUACACAUCAGCGUAACAACCAAGAAUUUACUCGAUCCAAAUGCGUGGGCCAUCACCGAAAGAGGCACCGUGGUAGUCAAGGGUAAGGGUGAAAUGAAGACGUACUGGCUUGAAGGUCGCAAAGAUCGAAGACCUCGGGCACUGGAAAUCAAGAUGUCAGAACGGUCAGUGCGGCCAACUGCGCAUGUUGUGCACGAGCCACCUAUAAAUGAUACAGCACCCGCUGAAACCUUAAUGGAUACCGUCGCCACUGCGACAGGCACCACAGUUGAUAAGCGAGAAGAUCUGCCUUUGCCGAUACAGCACAUACCCGAGAUGUCAUUGGUUUUUUCCAAACGGGGACUACCUUUUCAACGGGUUAAUCGUGAAGAUGUGGCGAUUUCAGGUACUGAAGAGUUCGGAGUCCGGCCGGAGUUGAGUUAUCGCUCCGCAUCUGAAAAGGAAAAAACCGGUACACCCAAAGAAAAUGCGCAGUCAGCGCAAUCAUCGGCCUCGACAGGGGGAACGCUGAAAAAGGACUAUGCCCGACAAGAUCUUCCCACAUCAGCAUAUGAUCCGAAUGCCGUCCGAACGAAAUGGUCAAACCUUCCGGAUUCGCUAGUAUACGCCGGAACUGUUCGGUGCGAACAUUGUCUUCACUGUCAUGCCCGGGCAGUGUAUGAUCGCAAUGGACUGGACGAUCAGGCUGACGCCAGAGUAUUGCAGCCCCUCAGACUGGGUCAAAAGCGAGCAAAAACGUGCGUGUUAUUUUAAAAGAGCUAGAAAACAGGAACCUGCUGAAUCACAUCCAUUGUUCCUUUCGCUAUUUUUGCAACGUUUCGUACGCUGUAAAAAUGGCGCAAGGUGAUCUAUAACGAAUUUCUCAAAAUACGCUAGACAAUUAGAAAUAUACAUACUAACAUUAUUUUGGAAGAGACGCCCCAAAAAACGGCUAGUUUAGCGAUAGGGGUCUGUCUAAAGAAAGGCUUAUGAUAUAUAUUAUAAAGAUGACAGUAUGUGAUAAUGGCUCGUUGGAUCGUCCUUCAAGUGGACAUUGGCAAAGUGUAUAACACUACUACAUCUGUAGAGGCGUAUGAGAACCACUCAUUAUAUUUAAUGUAUCGCAUUAUUUAAAUCACUGAUCUAAUUCCUAUGCUGGUUAAGUACGGCUGUAUAUAUAGAUGACGAUACGGCAUAAAUCGUAUGGACAUGUCCGGUAAUAUGGGUUUACAGAGGAUUUUUUUUGAAAAGCAAAAAUAUCUUUACGAGAUUACAGAUUUUGCAAAAAAAAAAACUGUAGUUUGCGACACUACCUUUUCUACAGGGCUUAAUCGUCACUUGUAUAUUUGCAUUAUUUAAUUCGUUAUAUACGAGAAUAUACAAAACGAGUAAUAGAAAAUGAUUGUAUGUACCAAAACGUAUCACCAUCACCUUGGAGAUAAAAUAAUGAUAAAAAAAAACAAGAACCAUAAGAUUCGUUAAUCCUACGUGCGAUUCUGGUAUAUGUCACAGAGGCAUCAGGAACUUUUUUUUCGUUCUUAAAAUAGCAUAUAUAGGAAUUAGAAAACGAAUAAGGUCAGCAUGCACGAAACAAAUCAUCAGAGCAAAUAUACAUUUCGGUGUUAGGAUCUAUUUGGGGUUUGUGGAGAGAGAAGAACUUAUACUUAAUAACUUAUUUUCUGCACAGUGUCUUUCGAACAAGUGUUGCAAGCCACAUUGACAAUAGAUUGAACAGAUUUACGUAUACAUAUAUGCGCUAAUUAAUAGUAGGUAGUACUAUAACUACGGAGGAACGCUCUAGGGACUACCGUUGUUAGUUUUAAUUGUUGGACCUACACGUCCGUGAUGAGCAUCAUCGAAGGACAUAGCAUUGUAGGCCCUACACAAACCAAACAUACAUAACCUCACACUUCAUCAAUGGUGUGGAGUGCCGGGUCAUAUUAUUUUCAAUAAAAGAUCAAACAAGUGAUAAUGAUCUAGCUACAGAAGAUAAUAAUAAAUUUCGUUUAUGUUUUUCUGUGAGCUUUAAAUAAUAUACCUCAA